CUUGACAGCCCAAUCCAGCAAACUGAGAACUUACGCCUAAACGUCAUAGGUGUCUGGGGUUCGAGACUUGUCUUCUACACGGUAACUUGAAGUUUUUGUCUAGGCACAGACAAACUCAUUGAAGCAGAUCAUACAGGUUCUGGGUGGUUCCUGUUAACAAUGGUUGUUUCUAGAUUUUCGGGCCUCGGCAGGCAGAUGAUCAAGUAUCUCAGAAAAGGUCCAUUGACAUUUUCACCAAAGGCAGGAAACUUAUGUGCAAGUUACAAUUAUUUUUCCCAUACUUUGACGCCUCGUACUUUUUCUACAACAACUGCUCAUGAGGAAGGGAACAAACAAAUAGAAGAAAUAUCUGUGAUGUUUGUUGAUAACGAUGGGGAGAAGCAUGUUAAAGUUCCUGUUGGAAAGUCUAUACUAGAAGCUGCUCAUGAAAAUGAUAUUGAACUUGAAGGAGCAUGUGAAGGAUCCUGUGCUUGUUCUACAUGCCAUGUGAUUGUGAGAGAUUUGGAGUACUACAAUAAACUGGAAGAUCCCACUGAUGAGGAAAAUGACAUGCUGGACCUUGCAUUCGGGCUCACAGAGACGUCUCGUCUGGGUUGUCAAGUGAUUGCAACACCUGAACUCGAUGGAAUAUGCCUUGAACUGCCCGCGGCCACGCGGAACUUUGCUGUCGACAAGUAUGCCAAAGCCACCUAGAAUUCUUCAGAUGGAGCAGUAGCACACACAUUUGGAAGUAGCAAACGGAUCUCUUCCAAUAUUGCCGCCUGUCUCUAUCCUGGUAGGCUCUUGUCUUAGACACUGCCAUAUUCAGUUGAUAAAACUGCUUGAAAUUUGGUUCCAUCUAUUACUUUGUUGAAUCUUUCAUCACCAUAUUUAGUAUUAAUAUGACAUGUUCGGGAUGGGGCUUGUGAAGGCCAAAUUUCAGCUUUCA